AACGAUUAGUACUCUCAAUUUGGACCGUGUUCGCCAUAUUAAAAGCCGCUUGGUUGCUAUAACCGGACGUGUUCAAAAGGUUUUGUUGUGUUAGGAUUGAGAACCAAUAUGCAUUUUAUCAAUCAGUUAAGAUGAUAACGCCUUGUACAUGGUUGUUCGUAUAUAGUUUGGAUGACAGAACAAUUGAACCACACUGUUGUAUUCCAUAUUUGCAUAUUUGCUUUUAAUUGUGGUACUCAUGCUCAUGCUGUUCAGGUAAGGGAUGAAUUAGAAAACUUGCUAGAUGAUGAAGAAGAUAUGGCUGAAAUGUAUUUGACAGAAAAGUUGGUUCAUCAAAACCUAGAAGAUUCUUCUGAUUCCUCAAUGAAUGAGAUAGAUGAAAUGGUUGAUGAAGCCUCUCAAUCAGAUAUGCAUGAUAGGAUGAUGCCUCCCGAAAUAUCUUUGCAAACUGGUGGGUGUUCAAAUGUUUACAAAGGUGGGCAUAACCCUGACAACGCUGGUGGGAACCGCACUAGCACUAGUCACAGUGGUGCGAACAAGAACCUUGAUGUAAAGGAGCUUGAAAUGGUCUUGGAGUCAUAUUUUGUGCAAAUUGACGGUACACUAAACAAAUUAACCACGCUGAGGGAGUACGUAGACGACACAGAGGACUACAUCAACAUAAUGCUGGACGACAAACAGAACCAUCUCCUGCAAAUGGGGGGCAUGUUAUCAACAGCAACUCUUGUGCUGAGUUCCUUUGUUGUUGUGGCUGGCAUUAUGGGAAUGAACAUCAGAAUAGAGUUGUUCAAGGAUCAGGUAUUAGGGCCAAAAAAGUUUAUGUGGACUAUUGUGGGAAGCACUGCUGGAAGCAUAUUCUUAUAUGUCUUUGCUAUCGCCUUGUAUAAACGCAAGAGAUUGCUAGAAUGGUGAAGGGAGAGGCCAUCAAUUUCAUGCAUCUUUGUGCCGGUCCUGCUGGACAAUACUAUAUAGAGAAC